AUGGACAACUAUUCUCAAUGGUACAAUUACCACAUCAAGAAAAGGGCCAGCAAGCAUAUUAUCAAGGCCAAGUCUGAAGAUACUCCAAUAUCAACUACUAGAAAAAGGUCUUCAUCUGAAACUGAGGACUCAGAUGACAUCCAGCACACUACCACUCUGAAGCGCUCAUGUGUCGAUUCAAAUAUAGAUGAAUUAGAUGCAUCACCUCCUUCAUCAUCGGAACAAAUACUACUACUAGCAUCACCCACUUCACCAUCAUGCCAUGACACACCACUCAACUGUGAGCCAACUCCCCCACCACGAACCGACAAAGGAAAAGAGAAGGAGGUAAUCAUGGUGGAGGUCAUUGAUCCUCUUUCUAAUCUUGUAUUGAAGCCGAGACCCAAACCAAUUCAGAAAAAAAUCACUACUCCUCCUGUCGACACCUCUAUGUCUGAAAUCAAUUCCAACCCUGCUCCUCUCAUUGAUGCUCCUCUCGUCGACACCCCUCUCAUUGAUGCUCCUCUUGUCAUAUCCCGUAUGCCAGACAUAGAUCCCAUCAUAUUCCCACGCUUUCCGGACCCCAUAUCCAACUCAUUCCUGGAUCCCCUAUCCUGUCCACCCUAUGCACAUUCCGUCCAGCAAGACAUCUGGACUUUACCUCCUCUCGGAUUCCAGACUACAUCCACCACCUCACAUAUCUCAGUCCUGUUUCUGCCCUGCCUUCCGGAUCCCCAGAUCUCCGGACCAUUCCCACCCUCUGUCCAAGAUCCUGCACCUAUCCCCAUUUAG